CCGCGCGAUGCGCAGGCGCAGCGGCAGCUCCUCUAUAUAAAAGGUCGCGCCUGAGAGAGCCUGGGCUGUGGUCGGGAAGCCGGGACCAUGUCGCGAUAUGGACGUUAUGAGACCAAGGUGUACGUGGGCAACCUGGGCACGGGCGCGGGUAAAGGCGAGCUGGAGAGAGCCUUCAGCUACUACGGCCCGCUGAGAACCGUGUGGAUCGCGAGGAACCCGCCGGGGUUCGCCUUUGUGGAGUUCGAGGACCCGCGGGACGCUGAAGAUGCCGUGCUUGGCCUCGAUGGGAAGAUAAUAUGUGGCUCGAGGGUGAGAGUGGAAGUGUCCACGGGAAUGCCGCGGCGCUCCCGUUACGACAGGCCCCCUGCCCGGCGCCCCUUUGACCCCAACGACAGAUGCUACGAGUGUGGUGAGAAAGGCCACUAUGCCUAUGACUGUCACCGCUACAGCCGCCGCAGGAGGAGCAGGUCCCGGUCUAGGUCGCGCUCGAGGUCCCGAGGAAGGAGAUAUUCUCGGUCACGCAGUCGGAGCCGUGGUAGGAGAUCAAGGUCAGCUUCCUACCGCAGGUCCAGGUCAAUCUCUCCUCGUAGAUACAGGUCAUUUUCACCUCGCAGAUCCCGAUCUGGCUCACUAAGAAGGUCAAGAUCUCGGUCCAGGUCACGCUCACGGUCCCGGUCUGUUGUGUGGCCUCGAAGCAGGUCUGAGUCUCAUGGUAGAUCUAAAUCUGGCUUACCUGCUAAAAGUCGCUCAAAGUCCAGAUCUCCAUCUCCAAAGAGAAGUCACUCACCAUCAGGAAGCCCUUGAAGGAAUGAAAGUCCUGAAAGAACAAAUUCGAAUUUCAGAAGUUUAAGAAAAAAUUUAUUUUGUUUACAUUGUAAGGGAUUUUGUGAUGUAAGGGCUUAGUCCUAGAAGGCUGUUUCUGUUGACUAGCAAUUGGCAUGAAUACUAUAUCUUUUAAAAGUCUUACUAGCAGACUAAUACAAAACUCUUGUUAUGUUCAUGUUCUGUGAUCUGGAAAUGUUGGGCUCUUUUUUUGUUAAUUGUUGCAUUAAAACAAACUGUGCAUUUCUAACUAAGAAAUAGACUGUGGUAGCCCUACUGUUUCUGUUAAUAUGUGGCAUGGGGAAGCAGGUUGUGUGCCCGUGAGGUGAAAGGUAGAAGGCAGGAAGUGGCAGUCCCUUGUUGUGAGUGGGCUGUAGUGCAGUGGCUGUGCUGCAGGUGUGUGCCUUCAUCCCUGCCUGGCACCAGUUAGAGUGGAAAGUUACCAGUUCCAGCUGUCAUUCCUGCUGGUUGGUCUGGAUCCUCGUGGUAUUCCUUGCACCUCAUCACAGCUCGGUGAAGCGGAAAAACCUUUUGCGGGGGUGUUCAUGUGCUCAGUAAUUUGACUUACAAAAAUGUCUACGAAGGACAUUAUCGGAUUGGAAGAAACAAGGAAUGUGUGAAUGCUGGUUGGUCUGUCCUGAUGAUUAAAGGACCGGUCACGUUCGUUCUCACCUGAAGGUAUUUGAAGUAGUUCUGGAAUGUAAACUGUCGAAGUAAAUAUUUUUAGAAAUCUUU